GGCGGCCGCAACCCCUCGCCUGUUCGUCCUCGUCGCCGUCCAUCCUGCGCUCGCCUUCCUUGCUGCGCUUGCGCCGUCGUUGGCGACCCUCUCGUUCUCAUCCUCCGAUCCGCUCACCGUCUGCUCACUCGUUCUGUAUAUACUACUGAUGGAUCGUUCACUGCUUUGGUCGCCCGCAGACUUCCAGCCAGCCAUAACCAUCUGACGGGCGAGGUCAACGGUGGAGUGACGUACGGCUUGGUUUCGUCGUCUCCUGAGCAUGGCGUCCACGUUUCAGAAUACGUGGCAGAUUGCGCUCGAUGCCGAAAGGGAGCUUCUGAAGAGCCUUGCCGACAAGGAACCUACGUUUACCGCAAUCUCGCACUAUCUUUCAGAGUCAGUCUCCCUUCCCGAGAGAGCUGCAGCCGCCGCUUGAUGCCCAUGUCCUGAGAUCUGACCAUUCCCCUCCCUCCGAUGGCGCAGAUUCCGGACCGCCUGCCAGAAUGCCAUCCUCCGGGAUUUUGAAGCCGCGCGCUCCGUCGAUGUUGAGACCCACCUGUGGGAUAUGCAUCUCAAGAUCAACACUCGAUUCCGCAAACUGCUC